AACAUGUUGGAGACCGGAGCCGAGCUGCUGUUCCUCAGAGUUCACUUUUUAAUCCCGGGUUUGUCGCGUUAUCACAUAGAAGAAGAGGAGGAGGAGGUCAGAGAGAGAGAAGGGGCUAAAAAAGUCAGUCAUGGUUUUGAGGUUAGCGUGAAAGCCGGAGCCCGUUGAUAUUUAACUGUGAGGAGAAGAAGAAGAAGAACAAGAAGUAGUAGAAGAAGAAGAAGAAGAAGAAGGGGAGAAGAGGGAAAAGGGAAGCCCGGAGAAGCGAGUCUAAAGCGGGGUACAAGAUGCAGCUGGCCGCGGUGCUGCUAUGGGGCUCCAUGGUAACUUUGCUGCUCAGCCAGAGUCCAGGAGUCCAGGGCAGCGCUGAGUGCUCGUGUGGGAGGAACCACUUCACGUGUGCGGUCAGUGCGUUCGGGGAGUGUACCUGCAUCCCGGCUCAGUGGCAGUGUGACGGAGACAACGACUGCGGGGACCACAGCGACGAGGACGGAUGCAUGCUUCCCACCUGCUCGCCGCUGGACUUCCACUGUGACAACGGCAAAUGUAUCCGUCGCUCCUGGGUGUGUGACGGAGACAACGACUGCGAGGACGACUCCGACGAACUGGACUGUCCUCCCAGAGAGUGCGAGGAGGACGAGUUUCACUGCCAAAAUGGCUACUGUAUUCGCAGCCUCUGGCACUGCGAUGGCGACAACGAUUGCGGGGACAACAGUGAUGAACAGUGUGACAUGCGUAAAUGUUCGGACAAGGAGUUCCGCUGCACAGAUGGCAGUUGUAUCGCCGAGCACUGGUACUGUGACGGAGACACGGACUGUAAGGACGGAUCAGACGAGGAAAACUGCCCAUCAGAUGUGAUGGCAGCCACCUGCAGCGUGGAGGAGUUCCAGUGUGCGUACGGCCGCUGUAUCCUGGACAUCUACCACUGUGACGGAGACGACGACUGCGGAGACUGGUCGGACGAGUCGGACUGUUCUUCCCACCAGCCGUGCAGAUCAGUUGAAUUCAUGUGCAGCAGCGGGAUGUGCAUCAACGCGGGCUGGAGGUGUGACGGAGAAUUCGACUGUGACGACCAAUCAGACGAGAAGAACUGCACCACGUCCAUGUGCACGGCCGAUCAGUUCCGCUGCGGAACCGGACGCUGCGUCCGGUUGUCAUGGAGAUGCGACGGCGAGCCCGACUGCUCCGACCGCAGCGAUGAAGAGGGCUGCGAGAAAACCGAGAGUCCUCCAUGUGCUCCUGAUCAGUUCCAGUGUGGGAACGGACGCUGCAUCGGUCAGAGGAAGGUGUGCAACGAGGUCAACGACUGCGGAGACGGGACUGACGAACACCCGCACCACGACUGCCGUCCGCGCUCCAGCGAGGGCAACUGUAACCAGAAUAACGGAGGCUGCUCCCAGAAGUGUCAGAUGGUCAGAGGACUGGUCCAGUGCACCUGUCACACUGGAUACCGCCUGAUGGACGACGGCCAAGCCUGCCAGGAUGUGGACGAGUGUGCUGAAGAAGGCUACUGCAGCCAGGGCUGUACCAACACGCAGGGGGGGUUCCAGUGCUGGUGCGUUCAGGGCUACGAGCUCCGACCUGACAAGCGCAGCUGCAAAGCCCAGGGUCCGGAGCCGGUGCUGCUCUUCGCCAACCGCAUCGACAUCCGUCAGGUUUUGCCGCAUCGCUCCGAGUACACCCUGCUGCUCAACAACCUGGAGAACGCCAUCGCCCUGGACUUCCACCACAACCGCGAGCUGGUCUUCUGGUCCGACGUGACGCUGGACCGCAUCAUGAAGGCCAACCUCAACGGCUCCAACGUGGAGGAGGUCGUCUCCACCGGUCUGGAGAGCCCAGGUGGACUGGCCAUCGACUGGAUCCAUGACAAGUUGUACUGGACAGACUCGGGGACGUCUCGUAUUGAGGUGGCCAACCUGGACGGGACGCACCGCAAGGUGCUGCUGUGGCAGAGCAUGGAGAAGCCCCGAGCCAUCGCGCUGCACCCCAUAGAGGGUAAAAUCUACUGGACAGACUGGGGCAACACGCCUCGCAUCGAGUACGCCAACAUGGACGGCUCCAACCGGCGGGUCAUCGCAGACACACACCUGUUCUGGCCCAACGGCCUCACCAUCGACUACGCCGGCCGCCGCAUGUACUGGGUGGACGCAAAGCACCAUGUCAUCGAGAGGGCGGACCUGGACGGACGCAACCGCAAGGCCGUCAUCAGCCAAGGCCUACCCCACCCGUUUGCCAUCACAGUGUUCGAGGACAGUCUUUACUGGACCGACUGGCACACCAAAAGCAUCAACAGCGCCAAUAAAUUCACCGGCAAGAACCAGGAGAUCAUUCGCAACAAGCUGCACUUCCCCAUGGACAUCCACACCCUGCACCCCCAGAGGCAGCCAGCAGGCGGCAGGAACCGCUGCGGCACCAACAACGGCGGCUGCAGCCACCUGUGUCUCCCCAGCAACAAGACACACACCUGCGCCUGUCCCACCGGCUUCAAGAAGGUGGACCACUCCAACUGUGCCAACGGUCUUGACAAGUUCCUGCUUUUUGCCCGAAGGACGGACAUCCGACGAAUCAGCUUCGACACAGAGGACAUGUCCGACGAUGUCGUCCCUCUGGCUGACGUGCGCAACGCCGUGGCGCUGGACUGGGACGCCAAAGACGGUUACAUCUACUGGACGGACGUCACCACUGACUCCAUCAACAGAGCGCUGUGGAACGGCACCAAGCAGGAGGUGGUGGUGGACACCAGUCUGGAGAGCCCAGCAGGUUUGGCGAUUGACUGGGUGACCAACAAGCUCUACUGGACCGAUGCUGGUACGGAUCGUAUCGAGGUCUCUAAUGCCGACGGGAGCAUGCGGACGGUCCUGAUAUGGGAGAACCUGGACCGGCCCAGGGAUAUUGUCGUCGACCCGAUUGGAGGUUUCAUGUACUGGACCGACUGGGGCGCCAACCCAAAGAUCGAGCGUGCAGGAAUGGACGCCUCCAGUCGCAUCGUCAUCAUCUCUUCUAAUCUGACGUGGCCCAACGGGCUCGCCAUCGACUACGAGACCAAACGCCUGUACUGGGCCGACGCUGGCAUGAAGACCAUUGAAUUUGGCAACUUUGAUGGUUCUGACCGACAGGUUUUGAUUGGCAGCCAGCUGCCUCACCCCUUUGGCCUGACUGUACACGAGGACAAGCUGUACUGGACAGACUGGCAGUCCAAGAGCAUCCAGAGCGCCGACAAGCUCACCGGCCUGGGACGACACACGCUCGCCGAAAACCUGGAGAACCUCAUGGACAUUCAUAUGUUCCACCAACACAGAGACACAGUGCGUAACCCGUGUGCAGUGAAUAAUGGAGGCUGCAGCCACCUCUGUCUCCUGGCUCCUGCUCCCAAAGCCUCUAGCUGUGCCUGUCCCACUGGGAUCAACCUGCAGGCGGAUGGGAAGACCUGCACGCCUGGGAUGAGCAGCUUCCUGAUCUUUGCACGGAGGACGGACAUCAGGAUGGUCUCUUUGGACAUCCCCUACUUCGCCGAUGUGGUUCUGGCCGUCAACGGCUCCAUGAAAAACACCAUCGCCAUCGGGGUCGACCCCAAAGAAGGAAAAGUCUAUUGGUCUGACAGCACACUGAAGAAAAUCAGCAGAUCCAACAUCGACGGAAAAGAACAAGAAGAAGUCGUAUCUACAGGGUUGGUGACGACCGAUGGCCUGGCAGUGGAUGCCGUCGGCAGGAAGAUCUACUGGACGGACACGGGCACCAACCGCAUCGAGGUCGCCAACCUGGACGGCUCCAUGAGGAAAGUUCUCGUCUGGCAAAACCUGGACAGUCCUCGAGCCAUCGCCCUCUACAACGAGAUGGGUUAUAUGUACUGGUCAGACUGGGGAGAGCACGCUAAGCUGGAGCGCUCAGCGAUGGAUGGUACAGACCGCACUGUCCUCAUCAGCAACAACCUGGGCUGGCCCAACGGCCUGGCCAUCGACAUGGCCGGCUCCCAGUUACUGUGGGCCGACGCUCACACUGAGCGCAUCGAGGCGGCCGACCUGAAUGGGCAGAAUCGCCACACCCUCGUGACUCCGGUCCAGCACCCGUACGGUUUGACCCUGCUGGGGCCCCACAUCUACUGGACCGACUGGCAGAGCCGCAGCAUCCAGCGGGCCGACAAGAACACCGGGACCAACACCAUCACGGUGCGAGCCAACCUGCCGGGCCUGAUGGACAUCCAGGCUGUGGACCGGGAGAGGCCACUGGGUUUCAACAAGUGCGGCAGGAGGAACGGCGGCUGCACCCACCUGUGCCUGCCUCGACCCAACGACACAUCCUGCGCCUGUCCCACCGGCAUCCUGCUCAAGGGAGACGGCAGGUCAUGCGACGACUCCCCGGAGUCGUACCUGCUCUUCUCCAACCGCGUCAGCGUGCGCAGGAUCUCGCUCGACACCAACGACCACACCGACGUGCACGUGCCGGUGCCCGAGCUGCACAACGUCAUCUCGCUGGAUUACGACAGCGUGGACGGGAAACUUUACUACACCGACGUCACCCUGGAUGUUAUAAGGCGUGCAAACCUAGACGGCAGUGGCAUGGAGACGGUGAUCAGCCAGGGCCUGAAGACCACAGAUGGGCUGGCUGUAGACUGGGUGUCCAGGAACAUGUACUGGACAGACACCGGGCGCAACACCAUCGAGGUGGCCCGUCUGGAUGGGACGAGCCGUAAGGUCCUGGUCAAUAACAGUCUGGAUGAACCCCGAGCCAUCGCAGUGUUCCCGAGCAAAGGGUACCUGUUCUGGACUGACUGGGGUCACAUCGCAAAGAUCGAGCGAUCUCACCUGGACGGCUCGGACCGAAAGGUUCUGAUCAACACCGACCUGGGCUGGCCCAACGGCCUCACGCUGGACUACGACACGAGAAGGAUCUUCUGGGUGGACGCCCACUUAGACCGGAUCGAGAGUUCCGACCUGAACGGGAAACUGCGGCAGGUCCUCGUCAGCCCGGUGUCCCACCCGUUCGCCCUCACACAGUUGAAGCCGGUGUCCUCCCCUCUAACCCCUUUCUCCCGACUCUCGCAGCAAGACCGCUGGAUCUACUGGACGGACUGGCAGACUAAGUCCAUCCAGCGGGUGGACAAACACACCGGCCGCAACAAGGAAACCGUGCUGCCCAACGUGGAGGGCCUCAUGGACAUUAUAGUGGUAUCGCCUCACAGACAGACAGGGACCAAUCUCUGUGGGGUAAAUAAUGGCGGCUGCACUCACCUCUGCUUCGCCAAGACCAACAGUUUUGUAUGCGCCUGCCCUGAUGAACCAGAUGGGCGACCGUGCUCCACCAUUUCAGGUUACAUCCCCACCUCUCCUACCAGAGGAACCAGCAGCACUCCAGUCCCCAACAAGAUCCCCAAAGCUCCAACAGACACGCCACAUGGAGGAGCCUCACCAGUCAACUGCACUGACAAGAACCUGAACGUAGAAGGCUGCUUGAGCAACGUGGUGACGGCUCCUCACGGAGAAGGACUUCAUAUCAGCUACGUGAUUGGUGGAGUUCUGACCAUCCUGGCCAUCCUGAUCCUCAUCGCUGCUUUGAUUAUUUACAGACAUAAAAAGUCGAAGUUUGCCGACCCGGGAGUGAGCAACCUGACCUACAGUAAUCCCUCGUAUCGGACGUCAACACAAGAGGUCAAGAUCGAGGCGUCGCAAAAGCCUCCAAUAUACAACCAGCUUCGAUAUAAGAAAGAGGGUGGCGUGGACGGAGGCUACACCAAGGAGAAGAUCCGCAUCGUGGAGGGCGUGUGCCUCCUGUCCAACGAGGAGCUUUACUGGGACGACCUAAAACAGAUCAAGCCGUCCCGAGGCGGCCUGCACACCUGCAUGCGCACGGACACCGUGUCCCUGCAGGCCAGCAGCGCAUCGCUAGACGACGGCGAGACGGAGCAGCUCCUCCAGGAGGAAGCGUCCGAAUGCUCCUCCAUAACCACUCUGACCCCUUCGGCCAUCACCCCGCAGCGCCACGCCCAGCACAGCCUGCCCGACACCGGCUGGACCUCCACGCGCAAGCCCUCCACCGAGAGCGAAGUGUGAGGGAGACCCCCAUGCCCUCCACUACCCCUUAUGCUUUAUCUCAACCUCCAAUACCUAACACACACACACACACACACACUUGUAUUUAUAGCCGGUACAAACACACAAAAACAAAUAGGUGCAAACACACUAACAACGGUACAAGUUAGACACAACUAAGCUCCCAUAAACACAACCCCUGUCUGAAACUGGGGCUCCGUACUACUUUUGCGCGCACACACGCACACACACACACGCACACACACACACACACACACACACAUACACACAUGCAGUACAGUCCUCCAACAGUAUCCUCAGUGCUACUGCCUUCAGGCAAAAUGAUAAACUAAUGAGCAUGCUGGAAUAAGAAAGCAAAAGACUCUGGGGAGGAAGUGAACAGAGAGACACGAGCGUUAUCUGGAGCCUUUUUUUUUAAAGGACGCAGACUCUCAAUGCGACAAAAACGCUUCUCUGUGUGUACAUCUUUUAUUUUUUGUGAACUUUUUUUUUUGGGGGGGAUGAAGCUAGAACGACACACUCCCCGGACGAUGUAACCACGAUGCUCUCUCUCUCUCUCCAAUGCCACUCAUGUCUCUAUGAACUCUAUUUAUGAACGUUUUUUUUGUACUUGUGGAGUGGGUUUUGCUGACUUUCAGAAAACGGCGAGAGUGUUGUGUUCUAGAACUUUGCGCCGCAGGACCCGGGUAUUCAAGAGUUGUAUUUAUGACAGUGCCAAAGGGUGGGGCUUCACAGAGUCCCCAUGCUUCUUUUCAGCAUUUACACUUCAAUAGAAAUGUAUCUUAAUUACGGGAUGUUUGUUUUCGUUUGACUUUGACUGACUUGCCCUCGCCGGUGGGGACACCUCAGUGACGACACCACCUGCUUCUGAUUCCUUAUUUUACAGCCUCCCGACAGGUCAAGCAUGGACGUUCUGCAGCUGGUACUCUCAGUUGGGUGCAGAUGUCCAUUCAUCCUUUGCUAAAGUAACACGAAAGGAGCCUCCUUUUCUUUUUUUUUUGAAAGUUGUAAUUCAACCAUUGCUGAUCCUCGGGCGUAGCAGAGGAAGCCACGAUGAAGUAACAGCCUAAGUGCCAAACAUUUAGUUUCCUAAUUAUUUUUUUCUCUCAGAGGGGUUUUAAAAAUGUUCGUGACAUUCUUUUUACUCGGGUUUGGUCACCCAAAUCACAGAAAAAAACAUAUUUUCUCAGACAUGUAUCACUAGGGCUGUUGAGCCAUGCAGAUGGUUGUGGUUUUAUUUACCCAGGUGUUAGACAUACAAUACAUCUCUAAGAUUUCUUUUGCCCCAAACACUGGAGUCAUUGGUCUUUCUAAAAUAUGUGUUCCUGGAGUUGACUAUCCAGAUGAACGAUUAUCUACGAUAGCACUUACUUUUAGAAUUUGAAGCUCUUUGAUUUUAACAAGUUUAAAACAAGUUUUUUACCUGCUAAGUUUUUAGCACUAAAAAAAUAAAAAUAAAAGCAAAAAACAGCUCCCUUUAAUUUUUUUCCAGCAUGGAAGUGUGUGUAUUAUGCAUCGUCAUCACCAGUGUUCCCUUAUCCAACGCUAUCUACCCACAUUCUCUAAUAAUAUCAACUCCCCAACAUUUUUGCUGUAAUCUCAGCUGCCUAAAAAAAUGUAUACGCCAUUCGACCCUCCCUGUCCCGUACCAUCCACAACGCUCGUAGGCUUGUGUGAAAUAGUGUGUUUUUUUAAGCUGUGGUCAGUAAUGUUGAGAAACUAGUAAUUUUUUAGAGCAUUUCAUGUUUGAUUGCUGUCGGGAUGUAAUGAUAAUUCUAACAAAUCAUUUAUUUGAACAACACUACCAAACCUAGCUUUAAAGGCUGCUACAAACAAAUAUUAGAUAAACGAUAUUACAUCGUUCAAAAAAAUAAUUUAAAAAAAAAAUCCCCAUUUUAACAAAUUGUCGAGAGGUUAUCCUGUAGGCUUAGAUCUUUAGAUAUUUGCAUCACUACAAUUACUACUGUACUAGCACUACUAUUUGAUUUUUGAAUUAGGUUUUUCUUAAGUCUGGAACGUAAUUUCCAAGUUCCGUCAGUUCCAGUUUCACCAUUGCUCUCUGUUGUAUCGGGGUAGGAGGGAAGUUUCAGAGGUGAAUAUAUCAAAAACCUGCCACAUCCAACCAAAAGUAUCUGCAUGGCCAAACACCACUAGAGGUAAAUGAGAACAUGUGUUCUUUUUGUAAUUUGAGUUUUGAUCCAUCAACUCUAAAAUCCGUAAUGCAAAAGAUGUACUUGCAGUAUCUGCCACAGUACAGUAUAUAAUAACAAGUGGGUAACUUAGGAACACUGUGCAUGUCUGACCCCAUCAGACAGUGAGGGUUAUAGUUUAGAAAUGUAUCACUGACAACUUACUGAAAAAUGAAUUUAAUACAAGUAAAAAGAUAUUAUGCAUUGCUUUAACUUUAGAGUACCAAUCUCUGUCUGUCGUUGAAACGUGGUACGAGGAAAUACUAUAUUGCUAUAUUGACAAAUAUAUCGGUUAGACUUUAUAGAACCAUGUAUUUUGAAGUAUCUGCUACAAGCUCAGCAACGUGCUGAUUUGCUGCUAGACGAAGCACUGAGGCCAAUGAAAGAGGGUCUUGGCAGCUACAUAACGGUCUCCGACGGUUGGUUGACAGUAGGCCCGCGGAGCAUCACAGCGACCCAGUAACCAAUCAUCCCGGCUCACAGUCCCUCCAACUCUGCUGCAGGAAAUGCUAAAAACUGUACAGAUUUUAUCAUGCGGAUAUAAGCAAACAUUUCUGUUGAAGAUAUUGUGUUGAUUAAGUUGUAUAGUCUUUUGUACAAAGGGAUUUCAUGACCGUUUUUAGACUUGUAUUAAUUUUACUCACUGGAGAAGAACCUUUUUUUUUUUUGCUGGAUUAUUUUAACCACUGUAUUUCCAAGCCUUGUAAAUGAUAGGGAAGAUGCCAGUUAUUUAAUAGUGCUCUUUUAUCUUAUGGAAUACUGGUCGCGUAUAGCUGUUGUAAAGUUAACAAAAAGAGGUAUUUAUGAUUUUUUCUGUUUGGUUGUCACUUGAUGUGUAAAUAUGAAAAGACUGUAUAUGUAUUUCCAUGGCAGUACUAACAAGCUGUGUUGUGUGAUAUAGUGAAUGAUCCCUUUGCUAUCUUUUAAUAUAAAAUUGCAUUUGCAUUUCAAUGAAA